AUGUUAAGGUUGGGUAAGGCUUGGCCAAAGAGAGAUUAGGACAGAGCUGGAAUAAGGAUAGAGUAGGGAUAGGGCUAGGGCAGGGCUAAGGAAAGGCUUCGGCAAGGCUAGGACAUGGCUAGAGCAGGGCAAGCCAGGGCAUGGCAAGGCAAACCAAGGCAGAGCAAGGACAAGGCUAGGUCAAGGCCAUCACAAAGCUAGAGCAAGGUUAGAGCAAGGCUUGGGCCAGGCUAGACUAAAGCUCGGGCAGGGCAAUGCUAAAACAGGGAUUUAUCUAAGAGAGGGCUAAGACAAGGCUAGAGCAAGGCUUGGCCAGGACAAAGCUAGGGCGAUACUAUGGCGAGCUACGGAAACGUUACCGUACUCAACAAUAGUAGCCUUUAUCAAAAAUUCUAAGCAUUUUUUUACAAAAUGCCUUUUUAAAUUACUUAAAAACUUUCUAACCUAUUCUUUUUUAGCAAGCAUCAAUUCGUCGUAUAUUAUUGGGAAAGCAAAAGCAAAACCUGAAGUAAGUGUACCUUUUGAAUUUAAAAAAUUUUUUUAACUCUUGUUAUCUCUUUUUAUAUUUUCAACCCAGUUUUACCUACUUUAUGCUUUUGUAAACCAAUUUUACUCAAAAUAACCUUUUUCAGCCAACCGACAAGACGAAAUACGUUCAACACGCCCAUGCCAACGAACACGCCGGCCCAACCCAACUACAAGUCGACCCCAAUUUCAUAGCCAAUGUACUCUCAUACUUGGCUAAGAACCCAGCACAAGACGAAGAAAUGGAUUUGCGACCACAAAAUCACAAGGUUCUACUUGUACCAAGUUCAAAUUAA